CUCCAGGUGAAAAAGAACAGCUCUCCUCCGCUCUCCCUGUACGGCCAGUUACUGUGGCGGGAGUUCUUCUACACCACGGCGACCAACAACCCGCGCUUCGACAAGAUGGAGGGGAACCCCAUCUGCGUCCGCAUCCCCUGGGACAAAAACCCCGAAGCGCUCGCCAAGUGGGCGGAGGCGAAGACGGGUUUCCCGUGGAUCGACGCCAUCAUGACUCAGCUGAGGCAGGAGGGCUGGAUCCAUCACCUGGCCAGGCACGCGGUGGCGUGCUUCCUGACGCGGGGCGACCUGUGGAUCAGCUGGGAGGAGGGGAUGAAGGUCUUCGAGGAGUUGCUUCUGGACGCAGACUGGAGCGUGAACGCGGGCAGCUGGAUGUGGCUGUCCUGCAGUUCAUUUUUCCAGCAGUUUUUCCACUGCUACUGCCCCGUGGGCUUCGGCCGGCGCACCGACCCCAACGGGGACUUCAUUAGGUGGGUACCUUUCCUGGCAUCGCCCCUUGGUGCCAACCGCUGACCCUCCCACCUGGAUGGCGCCCUUCGUCCCUCCGUCUCUCUGGACUACACGCAGACAGGGAAACACGCAGACACUGAGAGAGCAGGAGGGAACAGAGACGUGCUUUUAAGGACCUGACAAACAUCUGAAGGUGCAAAAACAGCAUGAAUACCAGCUCAGUGUCAAAGGAGAGAAAAGAUAUUAAUAUAUGUAACAGCAGAUGCAUCAUUUGGGUUAAUUUAACAGUUGA